AUGGCGGAUCUCAGCAUUCGUGGCAUGUGGGAUGAAGCCGGCAGGCGAUUCCAGGCCCGCACAGAAAGGUCUCUAGACCUGAAGCCUCCCAAAAGUAUAGACGACAUUCGGGACAUGAUAGAACGCCGAUACGACCCUUCAUCUCCGGCAGAGUCAGAUGAAGGCCAUGAACGAGCUAAACGGAUCGGCUUAAACAUUCUAUCCUGUAUCAAGCUCUUGGGUGGAGUAGCAGCUCAAGGAGCGGAGUUGGUAUUCCAACCUGCGGGUGUUUGUUUCAACGCCAUUUCUCUACUUCUCGAUGUUCCACAGUCGAUUCACGAGUUUCAUGGCACAAUUGACGCCGUCUUCGGAAUCGUUGGCCCCACCCUCAGCCAAUUCAAGAUUUACGAGAGAAUUGAACUGUUCAACACUAUCGACCCAGAGCUGAAUACUGCUAUACACAAAGUCAUGAUAAGUUUUGUCGACAUCUGUGCACUAGCAAUAGUACUUCGGAAAGGCAGCAGGUGGAAACGGUUCAAGGCAGCUACAAAGCAAGCCUUACUGAACGAUGACUCUGGCUUGAAGGAUGAGAUUGAGCAAUUUGAGAAGCUUGUGAAGGGGCAGCAGAAUGUCCAAGCUACCUUGACUUUGGAGGUGGCUCUGAGUGCCAAAGCAGACCUUGCUACCAUCUUGGGAAAGGCCUGUGAGACUGGUAAGAGGAUUGAUGACAUUGCGAUUGGCAUCCUAGACCUGAAAGAGGCGGAGACAAAUCGCAGCUUGGAGAAGACGAGACAAGAAAACCUCACAAAGAUUCGAACUAAAUUAGCAAUUGAUGAGAAGAACAUCAAGGCGUCCAAAGAUGUUUGCGAGAAGAUAUGGCAAAGAUGCAUAACAGACAGUGGGGAUUGGCUCCGAGACAUGGAAGACUACCAGAAGUGGUCUGAUAAGUCUACCAACGAUGCAAGUCCAUUGCUGCUACUAACUGGCGAAGCGCACUCGGGAAAGUCAAGUGCAAUGUCGACCAUAGUACACCAGCUGAAGGCUGCCCACGAAUCUCAGGGCCAAUCGACAGCCCGAGCCCUUGUUGCUUAUUAUUUCUUCCCUUUCUUCGCUAAGAAAGCAGACGACGACAAGCGGCCGGGCGCAACUGCAGUGAAGCACAUUGCAUUUCAACUUGCCGAGCAAGACUCCGGCACUGCCAAAAGCAUGGCUGCAUUUUGUGAUGAGAAACACAGUGAAUCGUAUUUUAGAGAUUCUACCUGCAAAGAUCUUUGGCGCGAGCUGAAGAUUGGGACGCCGAAACCAGGAACCAUGCAUUUCAUCAUUGUCGACGGCCUGGAUGGACUGUUUGAAGGGCAUCCAGAGGCCGCAAAUCACUUUCUAGAUAUCUUCGAGACAAUACAGAGCCAGAUGUCCACUGGCAGCGAUGGGAAUCGGGUACGGCUGAUUGUGAGUGGCAAAAGCGAUAAUUUCCAAAGAGAAUCUCUCCAAUCGGCCCCAAAUAUCGAGAUUGAGAAAUACAAUGGUUCAGAUAUCACGUCGUACAUUCACGAAGAGCUGAAAAAGACAAAUCUUUUGCAAGGCGAAGAGUCUGAAACAACUCGUCUUCGAACAAAAGUGCACGAUCGGCUACUUGAAGAGGCCAAGGGGAAUUUCCUCAAGGUGCAGACUGCUCUGGAGAAGAUCAAGGACUUGAUCAUGUCCGAUGGCUCGGAAGCUGAGAUGGACACCAUUCUAGACGAGUCUAACCAAGAUAAGAGGACAAUCUCUGAAAACGUCAUUCUCGAACUUCAACAGUCUCUCAAGCCGCAGUCCAUCGAAGAACUAAAUGAGCUUCUGAUAUGGAUCGUAUACGGCUUUGUAUACUUUGACGCUGCCGAUCUGGAAGCUGUACGGUUCCUCCGCUUCGGAACUGUCUCUCUACAGAAACUUGAGGACAAGCUGAAGGGCAUGUAUUCUAAACUCUUUUUUUCUCACUACGGAAAUGUGGCUAUAUUGCCAUCAAUCGAGCCUCUCAUUACCAAAGAAAGGAACCGCCCACGGAUCAGCGAGGAUGCGCCUAAAAUUUCCCUCAACCUGACCAUCUCCAACGGCGACAUUACAACUGUGCAGAACUUUCUCUGGAGCCUUUUCCAGAAAUCCAUGGUCGAGAAGUUCGAAUUUGAACCUAUAUCUGGCCCUACGCGUUCUGCUGCCCGGGAAAUCCAGGUCAACGAAUAUGACUCACAUCUCGCUAUAGUGAAACAGGGACUGCGUUUUCUCACAUCUCCACCGGACGAGAGGACGAAGCUUAUAGGCCCCUAUAUAAUUCGAACACUUCAUCGUCACUUGGAACACCUAAAUCAAGCAAUUGGCUAUGAUGAAAUCCUUGCAUCUGACAAGAAGGAUAUUGGAGACGGCCUUUUCGCUCUAUUUGUCUCUGGAGAUGUGAUAGAGAAACACUGGUGGUCAUUUCAGGUUCAUCAAGAGAUGAAUUGGAUGGGCCAAGAUGACAGAAUUGAAAUAUUCCGGAAUUGGCUGAAGGACCCGGACGCAAUCGGUCACCUCGGCAGACUUGACAAAGAUUGGCUCAGGACUGUCAAUACGAGCCCGAGGCCGAAUCGAGAACUUCUCACACCCAUGAUGAAGACGGUGGCGCAACACUGGCUUCUAGGCAAUGAAUGGUCUGCUGGGGAGUGUUUCAAUUUCUUGCGCCUGUUUAUGCUUCUGGAUCCGCCAGAGAAGCCAUCUGAGCCCGAACCAAUCAUGCCGACGCAUAUACCUGAAAAGCUAGAGAGAGCCGAGCAAUGGUGGGAAGCCGCCCAAUACUUUGAGGACAGUGACUCGGCUAUUUCAAACUUCACAAAAGCAACCGAGUGCGAUAAUCCAAGCCUCAGCUGCUUCAAGAGUCUAGCUGAAGCAUACUACGACAACGAUGAGCUUCUUUCCGCAUGUUCGAUGAUGGAAAGGGCACUCGAAAUGGUUAACGCAGCCGAGACACCAGAUGAAGGCGAGCUGACAAGCAUCUACUUACGACUUGCAUUUUGGUACAACCACUUGCAACAGCCAGAUCGCGCUAUAAUGCAUUAUCAAAAGGCACUGGAAGUAGACCCGGCUAACCAAGACGCUCUCAAUGGCAUGUUAACCACCUCUAUUGCAUCGAGCUCCGAGCAAGCAACUCAUGACCUCAUACUUGAGAUGAGCAAACUAAGCUCCAAAGAGCCGGGUGUCUACCAAUUGACCUCGACAAUACUCAGUCAAGCAUUAGACUUUAGUUACACCUCCCCACUGCGUAGUCUGAUCAGCAUAUGUCUUUCACAUCAAAGUUGCAUGGAUACCUUGCGAGAAGCAAUGGAUCAAGCAAUUGAAGCGGCGCGAAAGCAGGAGUUGAAAAUCGAGCUCCUCAUAUUGCUGUUCCACCGCGGCCUAGCUUCUCUUUAUAAUGAAGAUUUGCAACACUCUCAGUCAGCAUCGCAAGCGAUCGAUUUCUGGAAGGACAGCUAUACAAUCACGGACCAGCUUAUUCGGAAGGACGACGACGAGGAUAAUCUGAAAUAUAGAUAUCAAUCCUUUUACGACACUAUUGUCAAUCACUUGAGUCUUUACUACUUUGAGCAAACUAGAAAGUCGCCAGAUUCUUCCGAAUUCUACUCCAAGCUGGAAGAACUAAGGCGAGGCUUCCGUUUCUCUGGCAUUGAAGGGAUAACUGCAGCAGACAUUUUCGCCUCUGCAUUCCACACUAUUCGCGGCGACAGAACUGCGGCUAGAGAAGUAGUGAAGCAGUACAUGCGAAUUUCUAUCGAAAAUCUGUCUGAUGACACGGAUGAGAAUGAUUACUGGGCAGCGUACAUCCAAUUUAAAUGUCUUUCAGCAUGUGGAGAUUAUUUGAACGCAUUGACGGCCUGGUCCCUUCUUGAACCGAUUGAAACGGAUAUCGUCGCAAGAGCGCUCAAUCUUGACGGAGGACCUCAGCAGUGGCUUAUUGACGAGAUGGCUUUGUUUAUUAAGACAAAAUGCCCGCUUGGGGCCACGCAGUUUGACAGAUUGAAUGCGGUGAAAGCCGAAUUGAAGGCACGAUUGGCGGCAGCGAGCGAAGAAGGAGAUGAGUUAGAGGAGUCACAUGCGCGUCUGGAGGAGAUUCAGAAGGGACUCACUGUUUUGGAAUCAGUGGAAGCGCCGGAAACAAAUGCGACAGGCGACAAUUCUGAAGAGGUGACGAUCACGCCGUUGGAGGAAAAAGACAUUGCUAAGAAGUUUGGCUAUACCUGCGACGGUACAUGUGGUGAUAAACCGAUAGACUUCAACAACGGCUUGAGCAUAUGCAAGUACUGCUGGGAUGUAGGCUUCUGCGAUGAAUGCUUGCCUCUACUGAAGGCAAACAAGUUGAAGAAGAUUGUGUGCAACCCUGGCCAUGAAUGGCUGGCAAUACCCAAGUGGAAUCCGAGGGGCAACGCGGCGGUUCGAGAUGGCGUGGUUCAAAUAGGCGGAGAAUUGGUGGAUGGUGUCCGCGUCGGAGGUGAGACUGUGACAGUGAAGGAGUGGUUGGCUUCACUGAGGAAAGAGUGGGAGAUAUAA